AUGAAUCGAGACGAUACGAAGGCAAAAGAAGACGGCUCGAGUAGUGUAGUAGGAGAUGAAAUGGCAAUGGGUUCAUUCUCCGGAGAUGAAGCAAACCCAAGGAUUAUCGACAAAUUUGUCGCCCCAGGAACCGACCAAAGUCCCCGAGAUGCAAAUGAAAGCGAAGAAAAUGCAAGUGGAAAAGGUGAAGAGGAAGAAUCAAGUAAGAAAAAUGAAGGGGAGGAAUCAAGAAAAGUAGACGAAGGAGAAAAAGAGAAGGAAGGCGGAGACGAAGGAGAAAAAGAGAAGGAAGUUGUAGAUGACGAAGAAGAGGGCAUGCUACCGCUGACGUUGCACUUUCCUUCAAGCCAAUAUCAAAAGUCUUUAAAGCUUUCAGGAAAGUGUUACAUUGACACGGCGAUAAGAACUAUUCAAACGAUCCUGAAAGAGAAGAAGGUGGAAUGGUUCAUAGAGCACCCACAAUUCCAACAUUUCUUCCAUAUUAAAAACCGAAAGCAGAAGUGGAUGGGAAUGUGGGUUCUCGUUUUGCGAUCAGCUUGUGUUGCGAAGAAGCAUGAGUUAUGGUUUGUUGUUAAUGGCGUCCCAAUCCGAUAUUCUCUUAGAGAAUUAGGACUCAUUUCUGGUCUAUACUGCCAUGAGUAUCCCCCCAACCAUGAGAGGUUGGGUGGUACAACAUUCAUGAGCAAGUAUUUUGGAGGGAGAAGGGUAACAUACGCUGACCUGGAGAAGCAGCUGUUGGCAAUGAAAUCAAAGCCAUCUGAGGAUCGUAAGAAGAUGACAGUUCUGUUCUUCUUAGCUAGCAUCCUUGUCGGAGGCCGAAAGAGUGGUGAGGGAGCAUCACCUGUGGACAGUUUCUUCCUGAGUGUUGUUGAUGACCUAGAUGCGUGUGUAACGUUUCCUUGGGGGCGGUAUGCAUUCGAACAUAACUUGAAGGAUGUCUCUAGCUUUUUGGAGAAAUGCGACGGGUUGUUGGCCUUUGAGGCAAUUCCAUGCUUGAGGAACCAUUUCCGAGAAGAUGUGAAUGGUGCAAGCAGUGGUUUGCCCGCGGAUGUGCAAGAUGCAGAUAUUGAGAGUAUCUUGGUAGCAACAGCAGCUGAGGAGGAACUUCUGGAAACCAUAGGAAUGGACAAGGAGAGUUGUUGGGCCGAUGACGCCGAUGAUGCAGCAGUUGAUCGUUGGACGAAGAUAAUACGGAAAGGGAAGAAACAAGUUUUCUUUGAAGAACAGUUCCGCAUGGAUUUUGAGUCUCGCACAGGUCAGAUUGAAGGUCCCACCAAUCCUAUCGGAGGACCAUCGAAUAAUGCACAAUCUGGUCAGGCUCAUGCAGAUUCGGUGGAGGCUACUGGAGCUACUCUUGGAGCUGAGGCUUUAAAAGCGAUGGAAGGUCGGCUUAUGAAUGCAGUCCGAGAUGCAGUUCGAGAUGCUAUGAAGGGAGUGAAGGAAAAAGUCACUUCAUUGUCUACGCAGCUAGGUCUUCUAGAAGAGGAGGUGAAAAUUCUUAGGUUGAGUAUUCCCGGAAGUGACAAUCCGGCGGUCCAAGAUGAUGGUGAUGGUAGUGAAAAUAGCGAGUCGGAAGAAGAGGAUGGUGAUGUGGGUGGGGAUAAGGAGUCGGAGGAAGAGGAUGGUGAUGUGGGUGGGGAUAAGGAGUCGGAGGAAGACGAUGGUGGUGACAAUAACGAGCCAGACGAAGAGGAUGGUAGUGACAAUAAUGUUGAAGAUGCCAUUCUCGAUAUUUCAAAGAAUGUGCAGAGGGAAUAUGGUGAUGUUGACAUGGAUGGUGAUGAUGCGGAGAAGUAUGCACAUGCUAUGGAGGCCGAGAAAAAAUUAAAGACUAAGGCAGCAGAGUCUGUUAAGGUGGAGCGUGGUGAUAAUGUGAGGAGUCCCAUUCAGCUAAGAAGCAGGGCAGCAGAGGAGAAGACAGCAGAGAAGAGGACCAGAGGUGCAAAGCAGCAGAAGGCAGCUGCUGAGAAGGAGGCAGCAGCUGAGAAGAAGGCAGCUGCGGCAGCUAAGAAGAAGGCAGCUGCGGCAGCUAAGAAGAAGGCAGCUGCUGAGAAGGAGGCAGCAGCUGAGAACGAGGCAGCAGCUGAAAAGGAGGCAGCUAAGAAGAAGGCAGCAGCUAAAAAGAAGGCACCAGCUAAGAAGAAGCAGAAGAAGCCGAAGACAAAGAAAGUAGGUAAGAAGAUCGAGUGA